CGGGACGCUUCCCGGGAAACAAUAGCCCCAUACAAUCUGAAGGUAUUAUUUUUCACUGGGAGCGGCCCGGCCCCUUCCAUCCCCGGCCUCGGACACUGGGCUCUUUUAGAGCUUUUCUUUAAUUUCCUGACAUGCGAUCCGCGGAGAGGGAGAGGGGUGGCACCGAUCGGCCAUGAGAACAGAACAAGUAACAAAGUUCCCAGUUCCACCUGUUUUCAGUUUUACGGGGAGCGAUUUCCCUGUUGCCGUGGCGACACAAGGUGCAGGUCACCUGUUCAACGUUCGACUAUAAAACCCUUAUCUCAGCCGGGAUAGAGCAGCCAGGACGUAGCUUCAGAUUCUCCCAGGGGCAGCUCACACCACAAACAGGAGACACAAUGUUUCUGUCAUUGGCUGUACUGUUCAUCGUAGUCACCUUCUCCUCCAAUCUCGCCAUGGCAGUGAACAGGGAGAACCGACUGCAGACACUUUCCAGAGGAUGGGGAGAUGACAUCACAUGGGUCCAGACAUACGAAGAGGGAUUGUAUAAUACAAAAAAGAGCAAUAAACCGCUGAUGGUGAUCCACCAUUUGGAGGACUGUCAGUACUGCCAAGCUCUGAAGAAAGUAUUCGCAGAAAGUGAAGAACUUCAGAAUCUGGCCAAGGAUAAUUUCAUCAUGCUCAACCUCAUGCACGAGACUACAGACAAGAACCUGGCACCGGACGGGCAGUACGUACCCCGGAUAAUGUUUAUUGAUCCGUCACUAACUGUCAGAGCCGACAUCACCGGGCGUUAUUCCAAUCGUCUUUACACUUAUGAGCCGCAAGACGUCCCUGUCUUGAUAGAAAAUAUGAAGAAAGCGAUGCGCCUCAUCCAGACAGAGCUAUGAUCGGCGCUCAGCACGGGUCUCUGAAUUCUCCCCCGAUGAUAGAUUUUUAACAAUCCAACUUACACAGGUCCUUUUAAUGUCCAUAGCGGGACAUUUGUGUCCAUUUCUCCAAGAGAUCACCAACAGUUGGUGCCGUUACCCCCCCCGUCACUGCUCCUCACUUUUCUAACCAAUCGUAUCCGCUCCCAUGCACAGCCAUAGACACAAUUUUCAGGACACUUAAUGACAUCCUGUUAUUUUGCCUAAUUAUAGCAAAGCCUUGCUGUCUUCUGGGACCUGUGUGUCUCCCAGAAGACAGCAGGGGUCGGAGAAGGUGCCGGAAGUGGCGUAGA